GCCAGGGCUGUGGGCGGGGCCGCAGCGGAGCAGCGCCAUGGCUGCAGCGCUGGCUCUGGGGCUGCUCUUGGGGCUCCUGGGGAACCCGGGGGCCGCGACCAAAGUUCUCCACUCCCUGCGUUACCUGUUCGUGGCGGUGUCAGAGCCCAGCCCGGGGAUCCCCCAGUUCAUGUUCAUUGGGUACCUGGAUGGGAUCCCCUUCGUGCGCUACGACAGCGAGCGGGGCCGGGCAGAGCCGCUGACACAGUGGAUGAAGGAUGGAGCCGAGCAGGAAUAUUGGGAGAGGGAGACCCAGAUCAGUGUGAGGAACCAGCACAUCGAUGCCAGGAACCUGGAGAUACUGCGGGAACGAUACAACCAGAGCAGGGGUCUCCACACAAGGUUGAGAGUUUAUGGCUGUGACCUCCUGUCCGAUGGGAGUGUCCGUGGAUCCUACCAGAAUGGCUACGACGGACGGGAUUUCAUCUCCUUUGACCUGGGAUCCGGGAGAUUCGUGCCAGCCGACAGCGCUGCUGAGAUCACCAGGAGGCGCUGGGAACAGGAAGGGACCGAGGCUGAGAGGUGGACAAAUUACCUGAACCACAUCUGCCCUGAAUGGCUCCGGAAAUACGUUGGCUACGGGCAGAAGGAGCUGGAGCGCAAAGUGCCCCCUGAUGUCCACGUGUCCGGAAGAGAGGAACACAGGACGCUGAUCCUGUCCUGCCACGCGUACGGAUUCUACCCCAACACCAUCGCAGUCAGCUGGAUGAAGGGGGGUGAAACCUUGGAUCAGGAGACGGAGUGGGGCGGGAUCGUUCCCAACAGCGACGGCACCUUCCACACCUGGGCCAGGAUCGAGGCGCUGCCGGAGGAGCGGGAGCAGUACCGGUGCAGGGUGGAGCAUCCCGGAAUGCCAGAGCCCGGGAUCUUCGCUUGGGAGCCGACAUCUGGCGGGAAUCUCACCGUGGUGGUCGCUGUGUCUGUCAUCGCUGCCAUCCUCAUCCUCAUCUUCAUUGGAUUCAUUGUCUGGAAGCUCCAAUCCGGGAGGAGGGACAGGAAUGGAUACAACCCAGCAGCCGGAAAAGAUGUGGGAACCAAUGGCUUGAGCACAGGAAUCACUGCCUGAGCGAUCCAUGGAGCUGGAUCCAGCCUCCUCCCUCUUCCUGGGAAAGCUGAGAGCUGCCAGCAGAGCUCAUCCCACUGCUCCCACCCACCCCACAGCUCUUGCUAACAGAUCCAUUUCCCAUUUUCCAAUGUUUUAAAGGCAAGAACCACAAAUAUUCACAAUGCUUCACUUCUGGUGUGAAAUUAUCCUGCUUUGGGCAAUAAAUCCUGCUUGGGGCAAUAAAUCCAGGUUCCCACCUCCA